UGUACUUGAAGUCACAGCAGUUUCUUUUUAAGGGCUCUAUAAAUUUGAUUUAGCGGAAAUGGUGGAAAUGGAAACGGUGGGAUGGCUGCCUGUGAUUCUUUCUGUUAUUCUUGUUUUGUUGAACCUCAAAGCCUCCUUGGCCACAUUUGCUCCUGCUGAUUACUACUUAAUUGCAUGUGGUUCUCCACAAAAUGUCACCUUCCAAAGUCGAACUUUUACUCCAGACUCGCUGCAAUCUUCUUUCGAAUUGAAGGUUCAGGGAAAUAGCAUUGCUGCUACCUCCAGUUCUAGUGUCCCUUCACCAAUCUACCAGUCCGCCCGAAUUUUCACUUCUUCAGCUUCUUACAAAUUUAAAAUCCAGCAAGAGGGCCGUCACUGGGUUCGUCUCUAUUUCUAUCCUCUUCCAGAUUCUCCCCACAACCUAUCAUCUUCGACGAUUACUGUGAUUACGGACGAUUUUGUUCUAUUGAAUAACUUCACUUUCAAAAGGUAUAAUGGUUCCUAUCUGUUUAAGGAGUAUUCAAUCAAUGUGACCUCUGAUGCUUUGACUCUAACCUUCAUUCCAAUGAACAACUCAGCCACAUUUGUCAAUGGGAUUGAAGUUGUUUCUGUCCCCGAUGCAUUGAUUCCUGACCAGGCACUGAUUCUACCCCCUUCAUCCACUUUUAAUGGCCUCUCUGAUCUUUCCCUUGAAACUGUUUUCCGAUUAAAUAUGGGGGGUCCUUUGCUCACUCCACAGAAUGACACCCUUGGCAGAAUUUGGGAGAAUGACAUGAAGUACCUCCAUGUGAAUAGCUCUGCUGUGAAUGUGUCGGUUAACCCUUCUGUGAUAAGAUAUACCAUGUCUGUCACACCUGAAACUGCCCCGAAUUGGGUUUAUGCCACUGCAGAGACCAUGGGAGAUACAAAUGUUCCCAAUCAGAACUUCAACCUGACUUGGAUUUUCCCUGUGGAUCCGAAUUUCAUGUAUUUCAUUCGGCUACACUUCUGUGACAUUGUGAGCAAGUCUUUGAACAGCCUUGUGUUCAAUGCUUAUAUCAACUCUGACAUUGCCCUUCGUAGCCUGGAUCUAUCAUCCCUAACUGGAAACUUGGCAACACCUUAUUACAAAGAUUUAAUCUCCAACUCUUCUAUGGACUCAAAUACUUUAACUGUUAGUGUUGGCCCGGACACAGUAGCAGACAUAACUGAUGCAAUUUUGAAUGGAUUGGAGAUAAUGAAGAUCAGCAAUGAUGCAAGAAGCUUGGAUGGGUUGAUUUCCGUUGAGGGUCUAUUGCCCAAGUCCUCUAAGAAAAGCAUGAUAGGAAUUCUAAUUGGAUCAGCUCUGGGAACUUUGGCUGCUGUGGGUUUGAUAGCUUUUUGUUAUUGCUGCUUGAUAGCCCGUAGGUCGAAGACCACUCACCAAGGACAUCCUCGGCUGCCAUUACCCGUACACGGGAAUUCGCAAACCAUGACAAAAGCCUCCACAACCUCUCAGAAGAGUGGAACAGCAAGCUGCAUAUCAUUAGCCUCAUCAAACCUCGGCCGGUUCUUUAUGUUCCAAGAGAUCAUGGAUGCAACCAAUAGGUUUGAUGAGAGCUUGCUUCUUGGGGUGGGUGGGUUUGGUAAAGUCUACAAAGGGACACUUGAAGAUGGGACCAAGGUGGCUGUCAAGAGAGGGAACCCAAGAUCCGAGCAAGGUCUUGCAGAGUUUAGGACUGAAAUCGAGAUGUUAUCCAAGCUUCGACAUCGCCACCUUGUCUCUUUGAUUGGCUACUGUGAUGAACGUUCAGAAAUGAUACUGGUUUAUGAGUACAUGGCAAAUGGACCCCUACGAAGCCAUCUAUAUGGGACAGACCUCCCAUCUCUCUCAUGGAAGCAAAGGCUUGAGAUUUGCAUUGGAGCUGCUAGGGGGCUGCAUUAUCUCCACACUGGUUCAGCUCAAAUCAUAAUUCACAGAGAUGUGAAGACCACAAACAUUCUAUUAGAUGAAAACUUUGUUGCCAAAGUUGCUGAUUUUGGCCUUUCAAAGACAGGUCCUGCUCUGGAUCAGACCCAUGUGAGCACUGCUGUUAAGGGUAGUUUUGGAUAUCUUGACCCCGAGUACUUCAGAAGACAACAGCUUACAGAGAAGUCAGAUGUGUAUUCAUUUGGGGUUGUUCUGAUGGAAGUCCUCUGCGGCAGACCUGCUCUCGACCCUGCACUACCAAGAGAACAGGUUAACAUAGCAGAGUGGGCAAUGAGCCAGCAGAAGAAAGGCAUGUUGGACCAGAUCAUAGACCCAACUUUGGUAAGGAUGGUGAAUGGAGCAUCUCUCAAGAAGUUUGGCGAGAUGGCUGAGAAGUGUUUAGCAGAGCAUGGGGUUGACAGGCCUUCAAUGGGAGAUGUCUUGUGGAAUCUUGAGUAUGCUCUUCAGCUUGAGGAAACUUCAUUGGAACUUACAGAGCCAGAAGAUAAUAGCACAAACCACAUCACUGGUAUUCCAAUGACACCGCUUGAUCCUUUUGAUCACAGUGUAAGUAUGAUUGAUGGGGUGAUAUCGGAAACUGAUGAUUAUCACCAGGAAGAUGCUGCCACCAGUGCUGUUUUUUCCCAACUAGUAAACCCUAGGGGAAGAUGAGAAUGAAGUGAAAGGCUCCAAUCUUGGUUGAUCUUGGCCAUGGGACUGCUAAAACAAGAAUUGGUCCUCGUGUUUUGGUUUGUAAU